AUGUUCUCGAAAUUGGCGAAUAUUCCUCGACCAGGAGUCUCGAGAUCAUUUUUGAAAAAUUUAGCCAAAAACUCAUCGUUGAAACCAUUUAAUGUACCGGUUGCUAAAUAUAGUACCACCUCAGUCAAGUCUGCAACUUCUGAUAAUCACAAUGGCUCUCAAGAGUCUAAGUCAUCUACAUUUGGAUAUGCUAGUGUAGGAACUGUUUUCCUCGCGGUUGGCACCUACAUUGGCACGAAGUUAAACUUCGAUCCAGACUCGCCGGACCGUUCUACGACUCCAGUAGACGCAUUGACAAGCCCUCAGUACGCCAACGACGACGAGUUCAAGAAAGGCUUGGCUGAGAUCGUAGCCAUAGUUGGUGCUGAGAAUACCAAUCUAGAUAAGACAGUGCUUGAUGCACAUUCAGACACGUUUUAUUCCACCCACCAUCCACCAAAGCCGCAUCUCAACCAUCCGCUGGCUGUAAUCUAUCCAGCAGGAACCGAGCAGGUUUCGGCAAUUCUCAAAGUAGCUCAUAAGUAUAGAAUUCCAGUUGUAGCCAACUCGGGAUUGACUUCUUUAGAGGGCCAAAAUAUGCAUACAAGAGGACCCAACUCGAUCUCUCUUUCGUUUGCUCAUUUGAACCAGAUAUUGGAAUUCCAUCCCGAGGAUUUGGAUGUAGUUGUACAGGCUGGUGUAGGUUGGCAGGACUUGGAUGAAUUCUUGAAAGGUAGGGAGGAUGGCAAGCAUUUGCUCUUUGGACCAGAUCCAGGUAUGGGCGCUACCAUUGCUGGAAUGGUAUCGACUAGUGCCAGUGGAACCAACGCUUUUAAGUAUGGGACCAUGAAGGAGAAUGUCGUUAAUUUGACAGUGGUUUUGGCCGAUGGGACCAUUGUCAAGACAAAGCAACGUCCUCGUAAAUCUAGUGCUGGUUACGAUACGACGAGGCUCUUUAUUGGUGCGGAAGGUACUUUGGGAAUCAUCACUGAAGUCACUGUGAAGCUCCAUGUAAAACCGGUUCAUGAGCUUGUCAGUAUUGCUACAUUUCCUACAAUAAAGGACGCAGCAGCUACAGCACAAGAAAUAAUUUCUCGUAGUGGACUCCAGCCCAAUGCCAUAGAGAUCUUGGACGACACUAUGAUGUCGUUUGUCAAUGAGUCUGCAGAUGCUGCCGGUAAAAAGUUCAUUGAAAAACCGACACUAUUCUUCAAGUUGGGAGGUCCUACUAAACUGUCGAUUGACGAACAGAUCAAAGUAAUCAAAAAAAUUGCCAGCCUGAACAGUCUCAUCAAGUUUGAGAAUUCCCACAACGAGGAAGAGAAUGCUAUCUUGUGGUCUGCUAGAAGACAGGGCCUUUGGUCUACGUUCCAGUAUGGGUCUAAAAUCCUAGAGGACAAGAAUGAUGUUCAGAUAUGGACGACCGACAUCGCCAUACCGAUUUCGAACUUGUCGCAGGUGAUCGCUGAAACCAAUGACGAUUUGAACAACUCGGGCUACUACAAGAGAUUUUCGGUCAUGGGCCAUAUCGGAGAUGGUAACUGUCACUUUUUGAUUUUGUACAACUCCAAGGACUACCGCAAGACACAAAAGGUUAUCGAUAGAAUGGUAGAACGGGCACUCAAGUACGAAGGUACGUCAACGGGAGAACACGGAGUAGGCGUAGGCAAAAGACGGUACCUUAAUCUCGAAUUAGGCAAAUCUACGGUUGAUUUGAUGAGACAGAUAAAACUUUCCCUCGAUCCGAGACGGAUCUUGAACCCGGACAAGAUCUUUAUAAUCGAUCCGAACGACGAUUUAGACCAGCUCCUUGAAGCCGGGCAUAUUGCAGAAGUCAAUAAGCACGACUGCUGUCAUUAG